AUGCCGGACGACAACGUUUCGAGCCCUCCCUUACCCGUGGCUAAAUCGAGACCAGUGAGCGAAGCUCUGUUGAACGAGAAGUGGGAUCGUGCAGUUUCGUCCUUCGUGAUCAGAUCCGCACUCGGCUUUUCCUUUGGCGUCAUAUUCUCAGUCCUGUUGUUCAAGCGAAGAGCGUGGCCAGUGUAUUUUGGAACCGGCUUCGGCGCCGGAAGAGCUUGGGAAGAAGCUGAUGGUGGGUCGAUUCUCCAAUGGCCCGCAAGAUAA